AUACCGCGGUGGCUGCUUGCCCACUGUCACUUCGGUCACAUUGUUGAAAGGUUACAAACACAAGACUAACCUUGUCAGUUGUGAAACUAAACCCAAAGUUUAUUUUUAAGGCAAAGACACUGCGCAGCAGCGCACAUAUUUUUAAGUUUAGAAGUGCAUUGAGGACAAUUUCCCGGAUUUAAAAGGAUUGCUUCCUGGUCCACGACUUCAGACAGUUGGCCAUGUCUGGUCAGCCCCGGCGAGUGCGCCUGAAGCCCUGGCUGAUGGCCCAGGUGGACAGCGGGAGCUACCCGGGCCUGGUGUGGCUGGACCGCGAGAUCAGACGUUUCCAGAUCCCCUGGAAACACGCCACCCGCCACACCCCCCAGCACGACGAGGAGAACACCAUCUUCAAGGCCUGGGCUGUUGAAACUGGCAAAUUUCAGGAAGGUGUGGAUGAACCAGACCCUGCCAAGUGGAAGGCCCAGCUCCGCUGCGCUCUCAACAAGAGCCGUGAGUUCAACCUCAUCUAUGACGGCACCAAGGAGGUGCCCAUGAACCCGCUCAAGAUCUACGACGUCUGCGACAUUCCACAGCCGCUUAGCAACCCCGGCUCCACGGGUUCUGUGCCCUGGGAGGAUGACGGAGACGGAGACGAGGAGGACCUUCCCAACACGCCAGAGCCGCCACCACCCUACCCCAAACAGAAUGGCACCAGUUCCUCCCCGCUGGGUCCUCCGGUCUGGACCCCACCUGGCUCGGUGUCCCCCAUGCAGCCGCCCAGCUGCCCCCCUCCCUCAGUGGAGGUGGUGUGGCCCAAAGAGGAGCCGGUGGAGAUGGACAUGCAGCCCUCGCCCAUGGACAUGCACCACCCGCACCCCCACCCCCACCCGCCGCCCAUCGUCAUGAACCCUGUUCCGCCGGUGGUGCCCGAGGCCAUGAUGUUCGCCACGCCUGAGACAUGGAUCAGCUCUCUGCCCAUGACUGAUCUGGAGGUGCAGUUCCGCUACCGGGGCAAGGAGGUGUGCCCGUGCAUCACGGUGAGCAACCCCCAGGGCUGCCGCCUCUUCUACGGGGACCUGGGCCCCAUGGUGAACCAGGAGGAGCUGUUUGGGCCCACCACCCUGGAGCAGCUGCGCUUCCCCACCACCGAGCACAUCACCAACGAGAAGCAGCGCCUCUUCACCAACCGCCUGCUCGACGUCAUGGACCGAGGACUCAUUCUGGAGGUGAGCGGGCACGACAUCUAUGCCGUGCGGCUGUGCCAGUGCAAGGUGUACUGGUCGGGGCCCUGCGCACCCAACCCGGCAGCACCCAACCUCAUCGAGCGGCAGCGCAAGGUCAAACUCUUCUGCCUGGAGUCCUUCCUCAGCGCGGUGAUAGCCCACCAGCGAGGCCAGUCUCCCACCCCUCCAGACUUCGACAUCUUCCUGUGCUUCGGGGAGGAGUGGCCCGACGGUCGGCCGCAGGAGAGGAAGCUCAUCAUGGUGCAGGUGGUUCCGGUGGUGGCGCGCAUGAUCAGCGAGAUGUUCUCCGGGGACUGCACGCGCUCCUUCGACAGCGGCAGCGUGCGCCUGCAGAUCUCCAUCCCCGACAUCAAGGAUAACAUUGUGUCCCACCUCAAGCAGCUCUACAGCCUUCUGCAGACACACCAGCAGCCCGGCGAGGCUUGGACCAUGCCCCCCAACGCCUCGGGCCUACACCUUCCCCCCACACUGCAGGCCCAGUAGGACCAAGGACUAAACGCAACCAGUAGUGCACACAGACUCGGUCACACACACACACACACACACACACACACACACACACACACACACACACACACACACACACACACACACACACACACACACACACACACACACACACACAGUAGUGGACACAAUCUCGGUCACCCAGGCACGCACACACACACACACACGGAUAACCCAUGCACAUAUGCACAGACUACACCAGAGUAAACACAGCUCUCGCCUGGAUUUUGAGUUUCAUAGGGAGCAGGGUAACUUCCGUUGCGUAGUUGAAAAUGUGCCUGGUCAGCACUGGGAGACUGUGGUUUGCUGUUGAAAAGAGUACUUAGCGCUGUAUAAAUAAAUACAUUAUUUGCCACAGUGGGCAAUACUUCUCUCUUUUUAGAAAUAGUGAAGCUGUGCUCCGGUGAAGUUGUUCAUUUUCUACGCAUAGAGAUCUUAUUUAUGUGGCAUGACAAAGGUUAUGUUUUGCUUUUAGAAAUAUGCAGAGAGCAUGCAGUUUGGCAGACGUGGUGCAGCGGUAGGUUCUGCAUAACCUUUAGCAGCGCAGGAAGGCAUCCAGCCAUGGUCAAAGUCCUCCAUGUUACUAGGCCUCUGUUAAUCAUUUACCAGCCCCCUCCUCCAUUCACACACCAAGGGUUACGCUCAAUAUAUAACUUUGCUUCCUCUCCUUUCGCUGGUGGCCUCAUGCUUCACUUCACACCUGCCUCUGUGGAGAAAACAAAUAUUAUCCCCGCUGUCCCCUCAACCUAGGCAACACAACUUUUUGGGGACCAUUCAACCAACAGCAAAUGAGAAUUACUUUUUGAAUUUUGCACAUACGAGAUAUUGAAUAAAACUUUCUUAACUAUUGUCAAUGAUCUAAUUGCCUAGCAUCAUGAGGCCACAAGCGAAAAGAGAGGAUGGGAGUUUGGAUAUUGAAAGGGACUCCAUGUCUGACCAUGAGAUUGAGAAUGCAUGUGUGAACUGAAUGUUGACCCAAUGCUGAGUUCUCAGACAUCUACUUCCUCAUUUGGUUGCUUAACUUGUUUUUUUUUAAUUAGUGUUUGUCUUGUAUCCCUAGAGUUACUGCUGGUGAAUUCUGGGUGGCGAUGCAGAGCGUAGACACUUGUAGUUUUUUUUAUUAUUAUAUCUUAUAUUCUUCUGUGGAGACGCUAUAUUUUGCCUCCAUUGUGGUUCCUCUGUGUGAGCUGAUGUACGAACUAAAUCUCAACAUUUUAUCUUUUGUUCAGUUUUGUGAGAGCCUGGAGGACUCUUCUAAAGUUAGUUUAUAUGCUUUACAACGCUAACACCACAUUUUAUGCAAAACGGGGAAGGUCCUGUAGGUAAUGUUUGGAAGUUUUUGUUUAAUUUUUUUAUUAUUCUUUCUCCUGUUUUAGGAAACAUGAAAUGUAGGCUACCGUUUUCUGGCCAUACAGAAUGAAUAGUAAGCAUAGUGUGUUGGGCUAACUGCACUUUUUAAAAUGUGUGUUUUUUUGCUAGUUGUGAAUGCACAACUUUUAUCGUAACUGUAUUCGCUGUGCUUGCUUUUAUCAAAUAAAACAUACUAAUAGUA